GGCCUCAGAUACGAACGCCUCCUGUUGCGCUCUUUUAAGACUUUGUCCGAGUCAUAGCAACUUCAUGCACAUUGCGCAAUCAGACCUUUGUGGAUACAAUCCAUACCAUGAAGCUCGUUCAAAUCGUUUAUCUCACAAUCCUUGCCACUCCCAGUGCUAUGUUUGCCCCAGUGGCAGCGAUACCUCAGGGCGUAUCCUGUGACGAACCAUACGUCGUCAAAAAGGAGGAUUUGGGAACUUGCACACCAGGGAAAGAGCCUAUGCAUCUCAGUCAGGCCUACGGAAGGUUGUGGGCAUGCUGUUCUGUGCGUUGCUGUUAGUUUUCGUGGUGACGACGAAGAAAUCAGAUAUAUUGGUUCAACGAAUAUAUCUGAUUCGUACAAAUAGGAGCAAUGCUAUUGGGGCCGGCCUAGGGCCUCAAGCCGAGCCGUGCACAUCAGCCUGGCCACUAGUAGUCUGUUUGGCCAGCUCCACAAAAGCGGCGAAU